CCACAGCUGGGCGCUACCAGUUCUAUUUCAGUCUAAUUUCAGUCAAGUAACUGACAGAACACAGGUACUGUGACGUUGACUGAGGAUUUUUCAGUCAACUUGUGAGCCCCAAGAGUACCUUGGUACUUGGUAACCCACACCAACGAAUUCUGUACACGAGUUAGUACUUGCAAGUACUAUAAACAUUUGGUAAGCGAGCAUUGGUAUGGCAGGACGUUACAAUUAUUCAGAUUACAAAAGAAAGUGGAGGAAUAUUAAAAUACAUGGCGAAGAAUAUGUGAUAUCAACAUCAUCGUUGAAGGAAGGUUGGAAGAUAUUCAUGACAAAUCUAGUUGAAAUCUGGAUUGAAACAAUAACAAAAGAUAUCGCACUAGCACGAUGUCAGUCAUUGAAUGUGCUGUUGGAUCUGGACUCAUUCGAUAUUGAAGAAACUCUUGACAAUAUAUUGAAUGACAUACCCAAACAUGCUACUGACCAGUCUUUGGAUGAGAUUAGACUGGAAAGUAUUAUAGAUGGUGUCGCAUUCAAAUUUACUAUUAAUUUGACUAAAGGUAGUCCACAACAUUUCUGGAAUGAAAUUACAAAACCCUUGUGCCAAUCCUCGAUGGAAUUACAUCGUAGACAUCACAUUAUGUUAGAUACGAUUAAAAAAAAGGAUGAAGAACUUUUAGAGUACAAAUUGAGCGGCGCUGAGUUAAUUAGGAAAAAUAUUGAAACAGUGCCCUGGAAUGAAGACAUAUUCAAAAGCAAGUUACCGGCUAAAAGUAGCUUACUAUCAUCAAUCGAUCACAUUAACGCGUUCCAAUUAAUGGUAGAGCUCAACAAUGAUUCAAAAAAAUGCGAAUCGUUAAUAGAUAAUGAUCACAGACCUACGAGAGAGACGAAUUCUGUGGCAACCGACCUAAAUGUGAAAGUGGAAAAUAUACAUGCAUUAGACACCGAAUUACGCGCUGAAGUUAAUACCAACAACGAAGCAGCGAAAAAUGAAAAUUAUUUGGACUCAGUUGCACUAAAAGCUGAAAUUGAUGUACAAGAUGCAAGUGAUCAAUCAAUAACAAAUAAAACGAUUUCUAAAAAACGAUCUAUAACAAACAACGUGGUAAACUCAUCGUUAUUUCAACCUGUACCGCCGAGUUUAAAGACUAAAAAAAUUAAAGAAUCGCGGAAUAUUUACGAUUACAUUAUCUAGUCAUUGCAUGUUAGUCCAUUAGAUGUUGUUCGGUGAGUUAACGAAUCAAGCUACUAAUUAAUUUCUUCAAUUCUAUUGAAUUGAAUGAUGUGAUUGUUAUCAUAUAUAUAAUUGUAAUAUUAUCUGUAUAUACAGUGUUGAUUCUAUUUUGUUUUUAUUUGUAUAUACAUUGCAAUAAACUUUUAUAUUAAAAAAAU